GCUGGGGGCAGGGCUCGCGGGGCCCCACCGCGCGACUUCCCCUUGCAGAAGCCAGCGGGUGCGAGCCUCAGCCGGGGCCUCCAUCACUGCCGAAGAGCCAUGUUCCAGGCUGCGGGAGCCGCCCCGACCACCCCCUCGCAUGAAACCAAAGGCGGCGGCGGCAGCAGCACCGUGCAGCGCUCCAAGUCCUUCAGCCUUCGGGCGCAGGUGAAGGAGACCUGCGCCGCCUGCCAGAAGACUGUGUACCCCAUGGAGCGGCUGGUGGCCGACAAGCUCGUCUUCCACAACGCUUGCUUCUGCUGCAAGCACUGCCACACCAAGCUGAGCCUGGGCAGCUACGCGGCCCUGCACGGCGAGUUUUACUGCAAACCCCACUUCCAGCAGCUGUUUAAGAGCAAAGGCAACUACGAUGAGGGGUUCGGCCGCAAGCAGCACAAGGAGCUCUGGACCCACAAGGAGGUGGACCCUGGCACCAAGACGGCCUGAGGCCCCGUGAUCUGCGCCCUCUGCGGAGGGCCCGGAACUGGGCCAGGGAGGGUGGCGAAGAGGCUGAUCCCAGGCUGGGCUGGCAGGGCGGGACAGGGGCGCAGCUCCGCAGGCGGAGGGCUGCGGGCGAGGGCUCUGCUCCAGGCUUGCUUCCUUCGCCCCCGGGGAUCGGGUUUGGGAGCCAGGACCGGAGCCUGCUGCCUGCCCUGCUUCCCGCCUGCCUCAGCCUGCCCCGCCCCACCUCGCAGCGCCCCCAGCCCAGUCUCCCUAACUAGGUGCCUUUUCUCCAGCAAGGAGUCAGCGUGCCCCCCUCAGGGUCCCGAGCGCCCUCACCCCGCCGGGGCUGUGUGCAGCCCCGUGUCUGCCCGUCUACCUCUGCCCUUAACCCGGUCCUGAGCUACAGGGACCCGGAGGCAGGAGUGCGCGCGCCACCUGCUGGGCCUCCUGGGCGCCACCUCUGCUGCCGGGGAGGGGAAGGGGAAGUGGCGAGGCGCGACCUGCCGUUUGGGGUUUGGGACCCUCCUGCACCAGGAAGUUAAAAGCCUCUGCCAGGCUGAGAGCCUGAGACCUGCUGGGUGGGCGGCUUCCGUGCUCCCCUCCCCUUUUAUUCCCGCCCCUCCGUUGUGAUCAACCCAUUUUAAACGCGUUUAAAUAGA